AUGGCGCAAUCGGCUGCAAACGAAGGUCCACUGGACCGUGCGGAGUUGGAUAUCCGCUCCAUCGCGUUCCAUGUGAGCCAGCUUCCCAUUGAGGAUCAGAAUGCCUGGACCCGCAUCCUUGAAUCGGAGGCCCCUGUUGACAAUUCGCUCACUGCGCCGCUCGAGGAUCCAACUCUCAAUGAGGAGUUGGGGACGGACCAAUUGCGAUGGGAGAUCAAUCUUUCUCAUUUGGCCACAAUUGCCCUGGAGCUGAAUGAGCCCGGAUGGCAGCGCUCCGUGGCGACGCUAUGCGAGGCCUCUGAUACGACGACCGUAGACGCGCGCAAGUCUGCUGUGAAGAAUCUUCGCUCCCUCUUUCAACCACUGGUCUCGGCCCAAGAAGGCUUUACCUUUGUGGCCGAGCACUGCUUGGAGAGCUGGAUUCUCAAGGAAGAGUCUUACUUCCAAAAUCGUUUUGAGGCUUGGUGUCGGAAAGAUGCUCCCUUGCACCAGCUGACAACCGACGCCGACACUGGCUAUAUGAUCGAGAUUGUGCGCUUGCUUCAGCUUGACUGUUUUGGUUUGUUGUCAGCCAAGUCUGCCUUGCGCGAUGAGGACGUCGAGUCAUUGCUCCAUGCGCUCGAAUCACUGUGUAAUCGUCGACUCCCGAGGCGCAGUGGGUCAACCUCGGACACCGAGCACUCUGUAAAAGAGCUUCGCACAAGUCCCCUGCUUAAUCUGGAUGAGGAAAUGCAGCACGUCUUUGAAAAUUUGGAUUGGAGCGACAUCACUCUGUGGGGCAAAACCUUUGCUCGCCAGUCACAAGGUCAGUUGAGUGUCAGCACUCGCCAACCCGCGCAAGAGCGUCACGUUGAUACACUGCCGACGGUGUGCUUUGUGCCUUCAUUAACACGGGGUCUGAUGUUUGCAGAUUGGCGAGAAGCACAGUGCAAGUUAAAAGGCAAGAUGCAGCACAUCCAUUCACAACACUUUGCAUGCUUCAAAGGCCUUGACUCUGAAAGCGAGUCGCCAAAUUCGGCCUUUGACCCUGCAAACUGCUCUUUAGCUGAGCUUCUUGGCCAUCCACGAGACAAAGCAGAUGAAGCGAAGCUUCUCAUGCAGUAUUUUGCAGAUCCGGACGAGGUUAAUCGUCGUCGAAUGAAAGAAUAUCAAGCGGCAAUGGAGGAUUUUGCAGAGCUGAAACGCCUGGACCAACUACUUUCCAAUCCAGUUGCCUGUUUGCAAACACUAGUCGAUGCUGAUCAGAUUGAUGUGGGCCAGACGCGACGUCAGACGAUCCGAAUCAACGUGGCAGUGGAGCCACAGAACACGAGCGAAACCAGCAAGCUGUUCCAAGCUCUUAAGACCAGCGUGCAAGAUGCCAACGUGGCAAUGCUGGGGAUUCUCCAAAGCGCGUGCUUCGUGCUUGUUUAUCAGACUGAUGAUGGUAAUGAGAAGGACGGUGCUUCUUGGAAACACGGGUUGUCCUUGCGUGAAAAGGGGAACCAGGCGUCCUUGGCCGGACCUUCGCGCAAACUUUGCGUGUUGGCCUUCGUGUCAGAAGACGAAUUUUGCCGCGAACGGGAACAGGGAGCUUGGUGGGCGCAAUCUCAAGGAGCCAACUACAAUGCCGAGCUACGCCCGUACGCGUGGCAUGAACUUCUCGAUGUCCUACGGGCGCAGCGUUUCGAUACACUUCAGCUGCCAUCUUCAGCUGCUGCCUGUCUUGAUGGGCAUCAUGCCUCCGCAACUUUGAUGGUCGACCUACAUACGCAAACUAUGCGAAUGUGUCAGCUGGCUGAUGCAUCUGUGAUCUUGCCUAUGUCUCCAGAUGCCUUUUCUGGUACUUCAGAAAGUCGGCCCGUUCAGAUGACUGCUCUUUGCGUGAGAAUCCGAGCGCUUAAACAGCCACCAAGCAAGGGCUUUCGCCACGCGCUUGAGGCACUCCAGCAAGAGGCGCAGAAGCAUCCAAUUAGCUUGAGCAACGACAUGAUCGCCCAACUGCUUGAUCAAGAUGUUGAAGGACCGCAUUCGACAUUUGGAUCCCUGAAUUUACGUUGGCAAGUUUCUCCGGCAGUACAUCAUGCUGCAUGUGAGCGGUCUUCGGCUAGACUGCCAAGCGACGCAUUGAAGCAAGCAUCUGGGAUCCAAAGCUCUGUCUCACGGGGCUAUUCGAUUGCAUACCAGGACAUGAUUGCCUGCCUGGAUCGUGGUCUCAAUGAUGCUCAACCAGAGAUAUGGCUGAUAGUAGAGGCUCAUUUGGAAGAGUUGGCCCGAAUUCGACGCGACCUUGCCCCACUGUUUGUGUCGGCCUAUGCUGUUGAUGAAGAGAACUUGGAUGGUGUAAUUGUUCAGUUACAGCAUAACCAUCUUUCGCAGUACUGGCGCAACCGCCGCCUAGUCAUCCUCUCGAUCGACGCCGGGGUAGGCUUGGCAGACUUGCAGCGGCUUCUACAACUUCUGAACCAAUCCCCAAAUACGACGUCUCUGCUAAUGUACACGCCUCGCCUGCAGCAACAAUUGGAUCGUUCCUCAACAUCGUUUGUGAGGCGGUGUCGAUUGCUUCCCGACUCGGGCGCUCAAAUUGUUCCGUUCGAUGAGCAGCCGGAGAGCCUUGUGACCAAGCUCUUUACCAUGGCGGAAGGCCUGUUCAAAGCCCACCCGACGGAAUUUGAAACCAUGGUAAAACUUCAUGCAGAGCAGCAAGGAGAUUCUUUGCAGGGGCAAGCGACGGCUGCGGCAUCGUUUCCCCGAAGCCUAGAACAAUACUUUGACACAACUCUUGAGGAAGUGACCUGCACUCAAAUUGUGGCACUUGCGGUUGACACAUCACUCCCGACGAGAUGGCCCGCUUCGCACGCAGUCUUUCACGUUUAUGAUCUUGCUACAGACCAAGCUGCGCUCGAAAAUUUCCGCCAGGCUCUCAACGGCAUUUCACCACCUAAACAUGUUUUGAUCAAAAACUUUGAGCUUAUUUCCUGGCAUCAACGAGAACAGCUCUUGCGUGAGGUUGUCAAUUUGCAGCUCAAAAUAUGCCUCUUGGUGACUCAAGCAACGCUAGAUCCUCGUCUUUUCACAUUAGCUCUUCCACAUGGCGUGCCGAUCAAAAUUCACGAGGUGUAUUCACGGGCGUUGGAUGCCUCAUGUGACCUGGGGGUAGAUGCGCACUGUAACCUCAUCAGGGCUGUGGCACACCAGCUCGGUACACGGCUUGGGCAAAUUUCUAGCCCUGGAGCCAAGGGCCUUACUUUCAGCCCGGAUCUCAAGGCUUUGCUCCGCCAACGCAUAUCAUCGCUUGACAAUCUGGCUGAGACCCAGUCUGAACAAAUGAAUGAGGUAUUAUUAGAAGGAGCAAGUACGCUUUUAAGCGCUUCCAUUGAGCUGGAAGUGGCAGUCGACGUUUCAGUGUAUCUAUGGCUUUGGGCAACCUCACCGCACAAAGCAGCCAAAACCCUUCAGCAGUCCUCAGAGCCGUUUAUGCUUCUUCUGGCGGCUUCUUUUAUCACUGUGCAAGAACCUGCUCUUCAGCAUCUAUCAUAUCAAGCUUUUCUACGAGCAAGCCCCAUUGCCCCUCUCUGCACACAAAACGUGCGAGUGGCUUUGUACGUUGCUCACGUCGCUUGCCUCAAACUUGGCAAAGAAGUUGACCUGAAACCACUUCUGGGGUAUUUUGCCAUGAACAGCCACCGGUCUGCGAUGCUUUGCAUGAGCAAUGUGUUGAGCGACAAUGUACUUCCUUUGUGGUACUGCUACAGUUCGGCAAAACAAAUCCCUGCAAGUUAUUUUUUUGCUGCUGCGGCCCAGGAAGACAGUGCGCAAGGCGAGCUGUUUUUAUCAGUCCAAGGUCACACGGCUACCGAUUGGAAUAGCUUGUGCCAUCGCUGGGAGUCUUUCGCAUACGACUCGCAGGAGCUGCGCCUUGUGCUCGAGGCAGGGGCUAUCAAACCCUACUACCUGCUUGCUAUUCAGAGCUCUAGGCUGUUGAGCUUGACUGCGGAGGCACGGCAGGAUGAAGGUGCUUGGCUGACCUCAACAGCGACUGCUGCUUUGCUCAGGCAGCUCAAAGGUCUAGACUUUUUGAUCUCGACGUACAACAAGCACACCGACGGUGAUGGGCUAGCACCAAUUCCAAAUAAAUUAGUCUCACGUUUAGCUGCAGUCAAGCUAAUUGCGAGACGCUUGUGCAAUGCAGGCGACGCCAGUGCUUUGCCCUUCACAUCUGCUGAGGCUGUCGCCUUAAUCAAAAUCAUGGCACCCGCAGACAAGCUGCCAGCUGACGUUGCAGCAUUGCUCGCGGAACAGGAUAUUGAUGUCAGCGGUGGUCGCGGCAUUUUGCAAGCUGCACUUUUGGAGCCCGGCGUGCCAUUACCCGACAAACUUGGCGUUGCAUUCGUUGACCAGCUCAUUGAUCAACUGGAGCGCAAUGAGCCUUGCGAUUCAAGACCACAGAACUGGCUGCAAGCCAACAGUCUCUUCUUAGCAUACACCUCUAAAAAUGCGCAGCCAGCGAAUGCGUUUUUGGAAAUAAGCUUUGAAGGCACCUUUUUGAAGCUGUCCGACAAAGCAGCUGUCCGGCUUUUCAUGUGGGCAUCGCUCCGCGCCUGCGAAGCAAAUUGGGAGAAUCCUUCUGCUGGUGCAUUGGUACAGACGGCUCUUGGCCCGUCGGUACCGCAUGUAGAAGGCGCCCAGCUCUUAAAAGCCAUGGGAACGGCUUCAGCUGUGGAGGAAGCAAGCCUUCCUUCUCGUCAAUGGUGGACUGCUGGCGUCAUGGCCCGCCGAAUUGGCAAUGCAAAACCAUUUGCAGUAGCCAAUCACUAUUGGGACGCGGUUUUAUGUUGGCUGAGCAAUCAGGACACAGAGGCAUGCUUGUCGCUAGUCAAGGAUGAGCCGACUUGUUUGAGCUCUCUUUUGAAGGACCAAAAUUCGAUCCCGUUGGUCAUUCAGCUGGCAGCCAAGGCGUUUGCUGAGCAGAGUCAUGAUCCCCAACGAACUACAAGAUUGCUGUCGUGGGUCGCAAAGUCAGUCAAGCUGGAACAGAACGCAAUCGACGCCAUGAACGGCAUCCAGGCUUUGCUGUGCACAGCAGGAGCAUCAGGGUUACCUUCUAAUACUAUAAAGGUGGCAGACCUGGUGUGGUGUCUCUUCCCUGGCAGCGCCUGCGCACCCGCGUCAUGGCUUAUUGGGGAUUACCGUGCGCUGCGCGAAACCCUCGAGACGUUCAAUACCUUGCAAGGUUUGAACUAUCAGUUUGUUGGCUCAGAAUCGCCAUCGGGUCAGAUGGCAUUGAGUCUGUUUGCGCCGGACUAUGCAAAUCCCGGGUUCCGUGCGCAGGUCUAUCAGAAGCUGGAGCUGUGCAACCCACCAGCCGCCAGCAUCCUUGUCAAAGUGGGAAAGAACCAAUGUGUUGCUCUUUUCCCGGGAUGUUCCGUUCCUGUUGGUGACGGUGCUUCACAGCUAAAACUGAGCGAUGAGCUCGGGUUGGAUGAUGUUCUAGCUCAGCUUGAUACAGACUUGGCAAGUCUGCAGUCGAUUGACGAAGUAGAUCACUUUCUUAGCAAUCAGCCGCUAAAUGUCGCUUUGCACCGUGGCUUUGCUUCAGACUUGGCAAUCCUGAAUGCCAGCACCUUCUGCCGUGGUUUGUUCUUCCUACAUUGGCUUUCGAAAUCAAGCAUUAGCGACGACGACUCGACAUACGUUUUCAACACGACAGUUUCAAAAAUGUUGCUUGUCCUGGCCUGGUUCCAUCAAGCAAGUUUUGAUCUGGUGUUCAUGGUGCGCGAGGAAUGGAAAGCUGCCAUCGCUAAUUUAGAUGGGCCCCGCUUUGACGAUUGCCUGUCUAUCCUCAUGGAUCGGCCAGUGAAACCCGAGAAAGUCGAUGCCAUCCUGUCAAAGCCAGAGCAGGAUAUCAAUCAAGGGGGUUGGCCCUGGUUGACGUUGUUAGACGCCUCGCUACGACCUGAAACCCAUCGCAAAUUCUUUGGGACUGGCUUGGCCAACUAUGUCACAACCGUAGACAUUCUAACUGCGGCUGAUGCAACGUCCUUGACUCCUACCUUUCUCUCUUCUUGCUCUUUCGAAAACUAUCAAAGCAACGCAGAUGAGUUUCUUACCUGUGCUGUCAAGCAUUUGGUUGCGCCUUCUUAUUUGGAACAGCUAGAUGAUGUGCAGAUGAUUGGGCUUGCUGGCAGUCUAGCCUAUGCAUUCCAUCAAUACUCUUUGAGUAUUGCCGCUCGGGCUCCUGAAGAGAACGAGCAAGCCUUCUAUGCUGACAACAUCUGGCCAUUGCUCAAAGAAGCGGAAGAGCUUACUGCGCUCAUGUUGGAACGACUUCAUCAACUCAAUCAAUGCCACCCACUGGUGGUCAGUUUAGAGUCCAAGGGCAUGAAGCCCCGCCAGCUAUCUGGCCAAGCGCUUUCGUAUGAUUUAGUAUCCAAGGCCAGAGACAACAAGAUUCAAGUUUAUCAUAAAUGUGGCUUCCUUUCCGUCCUACAAGCAUCGGCCGGGCAGCCGGCCAUGAGCACGCAAGACCCACGUGAAAAAUCAUCGUCCAAGCGUUCCGGAACAAAGGAGUCGACAGAGGGCUUGCUGAUUCAAGCUGCGCCAUGCCCCGUUUUAUCCAAAGAUUUGCGCUUUGCUACUGCCGUCGAGCAGCCUGGGGUUGAGCGGUUGUCUGGUGGCCAUGUCAUUAUUUUCGUCGAGCCGUUGCUUCGACUCACGCAUCACGCCAGCCCCCGAAUCAGCGAAAGCUUUGGUGAAGUGUCCUACUCCACAGUUGACGUCAAUGCAAGCCAGCAUGGCUUUCUCAUCGAGCGCCAUGCUUCCUUUGUGAAUCGAGCCUCUGCUUCGACUGGAAAGCGAACAGAACAUGGAACGGCACGGUUUCCGUGUAACGUUUUGGAGAUCGUGCCCCUGCUACCGCACGACUGCACAGACAUUGAUGUUCUUCAGACAUUUGCAAAUUUCCAGGAAGCCUGGCUUUUUCUUGACAAACAUACUGGGCCCAAUUCUCUGCUUGUAGCUGACAGGUUCUUGUGGCAUCGCGACACUUCCCAAUCAUGGAUCCAGGCCACCGCAAGUUCGCACAAAGUGGAGAUUUGCAAGCAACUUGCAGACUGGUGUGAAGUUGUACCGGAGCCCAUCAUUCAGGUUCUCAAACACAGGCACGCGUUGGAGGCCGUGCAAAUGUUGGAAACCAUUUGCAAGCCAAACAACCGCGAAAGAGCAAGUCUCAAAGUCAAGAAGCUUGAAGAUUCAGGCCGCGUUUUGAUCAGCUCUGAGGAUUGCGAAGGGAGCUCUGGCAGUGAAUUUGAAGCAGAGGAAACGUUGGCACAAGCCAUGUUUGUGGCGCUUAUGUAUGAGGAAUGGUGGGGAGAGCCUGCAAGAAACCUGUGUGAACGGCUCGCGCAAAGCCAAACUUCCAAGGACGACAUCCUUUUUUUCGAUCUGUUUCGCCAGCGCAAGGACGACAAAAUUGCAUUCGAGGCUGGUGACACUCAGACAAUUGCAAUGCUGCUUUCUCUUGACUUUUUUUCGUCAAAGAGGGAGGAACCUGAGCUGAGGGCAUGGGUUCUCGAUGUCCUGCGUUCGCCCAUCCAGCAUGUGUCAAAAUGGCGCAUUCUUGCAAUUUUGCGCAAAGGAGAGAAUACAGCAUCGUCAUUUGGAUUGGAGAUUGCACCGGAAGAUCGCCUAAUUGUGACAACACUUGCCAACUGCUGUCCUCAAGAUAGCUUGCGUGGAACCCUGCAACGCUGCAUCGACCCGGUUUCCGGCUCUCAGAAUUUUAGCGAGCUGCAAAUGUGUUUGCGUCGUAAGGACGCCCGUUACGGUGUAUUCGUGUGCAAGGCGUAUCUGCAUCAGCUGCGAAAUAUGCCACUGAUCAAGAGCUGCAUCAAAGAGUACGUCUUCGAAGAAAUGCAUCUGGCCCCGGCCGCAGUAUACUUGGCCAUUAUUGGGCUCUUUGAUCGAAACACCCACAUGGUGUAUGUAAGAGGCAUCCGCGCUGCAACCGAUCUUUUUUUGAAAUGGUGCUGCGAGUACACCUUUCGCUUCCCUUGGCGGUUCAUCUAUUUCGAGGACUUGUCAAUUCGCUUCAGCUUCCCUGAGAUCAGAGACCGGUUUCAAUUUGCUCGAGGCUCCGAUCCAGCAUCCGAGAGUGGCCUGACACGCUGGAACCAGCGCGCUUUCAACUUGAAUGAUGCCAACGAAGCCAACGAUAUCCCACCAGGACCUGCCCAAGGCGAUAAAGCAGCAUCUUUCAAAGGUGCCCACUGGCAGCAGAAGGUCAAGAACUUCUUUGAAGGCUUCAUGCCCCGCCGCGUGAUGCUUUUGGUUUCCCCUCCAGGCGCGGGAAAGUCGCACACGGCCAACGAGAUCAUGCGAGAUUCAGGAGAAAUCAUCUGCCAUCGCUUUGACUGCAGCGACGACCGCCUUGUUAUGAACUCCUUGAGCAGUCUACUUGCGACAUACUUCUCCGUUGAAAACCGCCCUUCGCUUCUCGUUGCAGAUGAGUUUCAUUUGCUUGGGCUACGCCAUAAACGUGAGCUGUUUAAUUGGAUAACUCCUCGCUUAAGCUGGCUCAACGUGCUGCUUAUUGGCAAUCGCAAGCUGCGUCAAGACAGUGGCCUGCUCGAUGAUCUUCGUCGCCAUGUGCAGUCGACUGGCUGUACAAAGGACGACGUGAAGAUUGAAGAAAUGGAGGUGCAACUCGAUCCUAACUUCAUUGUGCAGAACUGCCAUGACAAUGCAAACGGCAUCAAAGACGACCUGACCCGCUGGCUCAUCUUUCUGCGUAUUCUAUUUGGCCCUUCAAUUCUCUCGAUGCGCAACGGGCGUGCCCUUGCGGAGAAUUGGUCAUUGGUGUGGGACCGAUAUCAGGAUGCAGAGUCGCGGGCAAAAAACCUGAGAGAUUGCUUGAUAGAGUCCUUAAUCUCAAAAGCACCGGCCUUGGGAAGCGAGUUUGCCUCGCGCUGUGCGAGCAUUUUCGUUAACAUGGUGUGCUUGCAUCAAACGCCACGCCCUGACGAGCGUGGGCUGUCUGACCUGCUCCUGAGUGCGGCCUUGAAAAAAGCGCGAGACUCCAAAUUUGACUCAACAACAUGUCACAGCUUGCAAGACGCCUUCUCAAAUCCGGCGAUGCAGAAGUGGCCACCCCUCAAACGCGCUUCACAAUGGCUUGAGGGGUUUGAAAGCAACGGAGCCUCAAUGAAGGUGGAGCCAUGCGAUUCGCUAUUCACUUGGCUCGACCAGGAUGGAUUUCCGCUAAUCGUUUCAGCUGAGGAGGAUGCCGCAGACUCAAAAGCCAACUGGUUAAGCGUAGGCAUCAAACUCAAUGAUCACGAGGCACAGGAUCUUGCUACUCUUCGCGACCACGUGGUGCACCACCGACCAAUCAACUGGAGCGACCUUCAGAAAAGUUGGAGUUCUCACCCGCCUUCGAACUUGGAACAAUUUCAAGAUCUUCUGCACGAUGUUGGCAAUGUGCUGUCCUGCUUGACGGCUGUGCCCGAUGAGCAAUUGGUCCGCUUGGCUGAACGUAGUUUUCUUGCUGGCGCUGAAGAAGACGAGACGGGCUUUGUGGUGCAACACGCUUGUUCACGGAUUGCCUUCGACACAUUUUGGCAUGUGUUUGCACAAAGCCAUCCAAAUUUUGUUUGUUAUGUUCUCUGGCGUCGACUGCUCUCAAGCAAUGCCCAGGACAGCUCGACGACCUGGGCGCGUGCCUGUGACCAGCCGGGGGUGAGGCAAAAGCUUUGGAGUUGGCUCCUCAUAGAUGGCAACAUUGAUCUCUUUUGCCAGGCCCGUGGCAGCGAUUUGCAAGUUGCCGAGGAGAACAUCAUCAAGCAUGCUCUCGAUUUUGCCACCAAUGCAACGGCUUCGCAAGUCCUCGUUGUGAAGGCCAUGGUCUCACAUCAGUUUGUGGGCAGGGCGUUAGAACUUGGGGCAGAGAAUAAGGACUACAAGGCUGUUUUGACGCUUUGGAAAGGCCGAGACGCCUCGCAUUCAAGAUGGGCACGAGCUUUCCGCAGUCUUUGUGAAGAUCAACAGGGCCAGGGCGAAGACCACUAUGUAUCGCAAUUUUGGGAUUCGACUUAUUGGAAAAAUGUGGCUCAAAACUACGAAACUGGCACGCCUUGGCCCAACGAAGCUGACGAGGCCUUGCUCAACUUGAUCCAUAACCUGUUGCAGCGAGCGGAUAGGCUUCGACACAGCUGCGAUGAUGUCAAGGGGGUCUUGUUGGAAUGGCAGUCAUCAGUGAAGGAAUCCAAAGUUGAUGAUCAUCAUUAUGACAUUGGUUUAUUUGAUUGA